AAUUAAUUAAUCUCUCCUAAGUUCAAGUGGCAUAAUAUGGCGCUCAAAAGUACACUCAGGCUGUCAUCAGAGAUCCCGCUAUAAGCACUUAUUAAAACCAACAUACCUGAUGUCGUCGACAAGCAAAGAAUCGCAAAAGCAGUUUAUCGGUUUAUAUUUUCAAUAUAUCAGUGACACAGCUACAACUUCAGAUCCAAUGCAAAGAAAAUGGAGGGAAAAGCUGAAAUUCAAACUAGUUACGCAGGCGCUUCUUACUCUCAACAACAACAACAACCACAACAACAACAACAACAACAUGAACAACAACCACAACAACAACAACAACAACCACAACAACAACAACAACAACAACAACAACAACAUGAACAACAACCACAACAUGAACAACAACCACAACAACUACAACAACAACAACAACAACAACAACAACUACAACAACAAAGACAACAACAACAACAACAACAACAACCACAACAACAACAACAACAACAACAACAACAACAACAACAACAACAACAACAACAACAACAAAAACAACAACAACAAGUACAACUACAACAACAAAGACAACAACAGCAACUACAACAACAAAAUCAACAACAACAUCAACCAACAUUUCUAGCACAGCAAGUGCAAAUACAGCAACCUUUCACAGUUUUUACAGUCCAGCAACCUUAUGUUCAACCGGUUUAUAUAGCAGACCAUGCUGUCUUUUCUUGGUUAGCUUGUUUGCUUUGUUGUUGGCCAAUUGGUAUUGUAGCUGUCUUUAAAUCUAUCAAGGUGAAUAAUGCUCUUGCAGUAAAUGAUAUUCCACGUGCCCAUAGAGCGUCCCAAGAUGCUUUACAAUAUUCUCUUUCUGCUGUAGUAUUUGGCUUUAUUUUUAUAGCUGGCAUUAUUUUGUUAACAGUGUUUGUUUUGUGAUCUAUAUAGUUUUGUUUUAUAAACUAUAAUAGUAUAUAUUAUGAUUACAAACUUUUUUUUAUCAAGAUAUUUAGUUUUUUUUUAUAACAUUGACAUACGAAUUUAUUAGUACAUAAAAUGUGACGAAAUAUUUAUUUUAAACUUUAGAAUACAACUAUUCUUAUACUGCAAAGUACAAAGAAUAAAACAAAUAUUGCGAACACAAGUAAGAAAUCCAACAUCCAACUGCACUGUUUUACAAUAGCUUCGGCGCCAUUACCAUUUAAACGUACUUGCGACAAUUCAUUUGUGAAACAACAACGACACGCAGGACACGGUUUCCGAGCUGUUGAUUGAAUGAAACACAUAUCCCAGCCGGUAAAGUGUUGCAAGACUUAGGGGUAAAAAUCGUCACAAGACGCCAUUUCUGUUUUAAAACUGGAUUGCAUAAAAAAGGUUUGGUACGAACCGGGUUAUCGAUGAAAAACCAUUUUUUGAUUUUAUUUAUUAUAAAAUUCGCGGUACAUAAACGGACAACAGCUAUUAUUACCGAAAGUAAUGUCGUAAUUCUUAAACUGUUCAUCAUAGCAGUAUCAUUGCAUUCAAACAAUAGGAAAAGGAAAAUAGGACAGAGAUUUUUAACCCUAUUCAGGUUGAGGGGGCGAGGGCAGAUGGCAAGCUACGCCCAUAUCCUUAUGCAAAAAUUAAACAUUUUUUUUUUUAGAAUAUUAAGCGCAUUUUACGAUAUGUGAUUAAUAUAUUAUAUUUAUUUUUUAUUGUGUAGUGUUUAGGCCCUUAUUACGACCUCAAAUAUUAUUAUGCGCCAUGUGAGCGUAAUUUAUGCCAAUAUUUUGUGGUAAAUCACUUUUUUAUAUUUCUCCCACUUUUUCUUAUUCUAUAACUUGUAGUGUUUCUUAGUAUUUAUUCAUGUUGUAAUUUCUCUAAAUGUGGGCGUUUAUGGGGCGUAAAAAUCUCUAAACUGUUUUCUUAUAUUUUACAAAUGUUAUUGUCAUCAACUUUUUAUUCAAUCUAUUACUUUUUCUUCUUGAUCUUGUUUCUUACAUGAGAUAAUUGAUGUGAAAUAUAUUUAUUGAGAAAGUAAUCAGAGUGGAAUUAUCUUAUAAUCUAUAUUAUAAUACCCGUAUACGUCUGUCCAUCUGUCUGUCUAUCACCCAAAAUGGUAGCUUAGCUGCGCUGGUAGCGAGACGCACGCAAUGCGGUAUAAAAAGGACAGGCGAACCCGUGGAUUGUUCCACGGGCUAACGACUAGUACAAGUAAUUAUGGAGAUAAUUGCCUGGUUAUCGGCACUUCCAACUUUAUAUCUCAAACACCUGUAACAUGUUGAUGAUUUAAUGGGAAUAUAGAACAAGGAAAGGUGUUUUGUAUAUGUUAUUUGCGAACUAUGAAAGUAGUAGCAUUCUUCUUUUACCGCUAUGGUGACAGCAAGUAAACAAGUAAUAAAAUCUCUAACAGAACGUGAUAUAUUAGCCUGUGGAAAAUGUCACUGAUGAUGAUCAGUUUCCCUUACUAAAAGUGAUGCUGAAAGUGACAAUUCCAGUGUCCAGGGGGAAGUUU